UCAAUGAUGUGCUUGAGUGUUUACUUUGCUGAUUAUGUUUAUACGUUUUAUUCACAAAAUAUAUACAGGGUUUCAAUUAAUGCAGUUACCUUGUCUUUUAUGAGAAAAUAUUGCCAAGUAUUCCCAUUGAAAAGUUCUUAUUCUGCACUAAUAUGUGCCAGUUUGGCAACACAGCAGUAAUUGUGGGCAAGUCUAAUUCGGGGUACCUUCACCUUAAAUGUCGAAAUGACAACUGAGAGUAGUUGUUUAUUUUUAUUGAUGUUUUUAUUUGAUAAAAAGUGAGUCGAACGAAUUUGCUAGGUUUUUGUCCAGUUAUUGUAUAAUAUGUGUUCUCUUAACAAUGAAAAAGGCGAGGUUGAGAUCGAACGGCUGCCAGUGAACUCAGAAGAACAAGUUUUCCAUGACUGGACGAUCAAAUACACAAAAUCCCACAUUCUCCAUUCGAUAUGUUCUUCAUCGGAAAAAUGCAAGGACCCAGCUUCACGGUGUCUGUUAUGUGUGUAUACAAACACUUUGGAACUUCCACACUUACCAGAAAUGGUCUUUCCAAACAACAAACUGAUACUAAAACAUAAAUCUGGAUAUUGGAUAGAGUUCAAUGCCCUUGAUGCAUUGAAGAGAGUUUGCAAUGGAAAACAGCAUCUGAAGGUUGCUUGUGCAGAUGAGUGGAAAGAAACAAGGGCACCAGAGAACCUGAUGGAAAAAAUUAAGCCUUUUGACUGGACUUUUAGCACAGAUUAUCGAGGUACAGAGUCUGAUACUGUUAUUGUUACACCAACUGAAGAAAGAAUAGAUAUUGAGAAGUUAAAAGAAAAGGAAAAGAUAUUGUUUUAUCAAGAACUAAUGUUAUAUGAAGAUGAAUUACAUGACAAUGGUAUCUCAUCAUGUACAGUCAAGAUUAGAGUAAUGCCAAGUUCUUUCUUUGUACUACUGAGAUUUUUCCUGAGAGUAGAUGGUGUGAUGGUUAGAGUAAAUGAUACAAGAUUAUUCCAUGAAUUUACUAAGGAUUAUGCUUUGAGAGAAUAUACUAACAAAGAAUGUGGAGUGAAGGAAUUGAAUCUACCAUUACCAAUGUUUGGGGACCCUAAUUUGUUAUCUCCACAUAUGCCACCCAGGACUUUUAUUUGUGAAAAAAUCACUUGGCCAGAGAAUGGUAGUGCAACUGAAAAUGCUAACUGA